UACCACGCACCCGGAUUUGAAGUAUCAUUACAUCGCACAUACUUCUUGUGACGUUAUCGAGGAGAGGAUCAGUACGGGUCCUGAGUCAGCAGACACUUAUCUUGGACUGUUGUAUGCCAUGGAAGAUCUAGCAGUGUAUGGCUACUUGACAAAUACUCGAGUCAAAUUUGUGGUGGUUCUUUCGGUCCCUGAUGCAGUAAUUAAAAAUUCCGAUAUGAAAAAUAUAUUCCGGAAGAUUCAUACCGCCUACAUUAAUCAGGUUUGUAAUCCGUUUUACAAUAUUGACGGAAAGAAAUCGAUUGUCAGCAAAAGAUUUGUUGCGGCCAUCGACGCCAUUGGAAAAAUGACCGGCGAGGAGGUCUCAAGUGCAUAA